AUGAUGCUACCACGCAUGCCCAAACGAGCACGAGCUCGUCGUCCACACCUCGUUGAGGACGCCAUUUGCCGCCAUUUGACGUCCUGUGGUGAGCGUGAGUAUUGCUUGACUUAUUUUCUUCUAUUUUCUGACUUAAUUUUGCAAUUUCUUGAAUCCCAAGGUUUUUCUUAGUAGAUAAGACAGAAGCCGUAAGCUAUUCCUGUUGCUGUGAAGUAAAAAACCCCGAUUUUUUUCGAUGUUGCAGGAAAAAUUUGACAGUCUUAGUAUAACUGCACUCGGUCAAAGAAGUGAUGGAUGCAGCAGGAACAUCAGGGUAAGUUUCAAGCGUUUGUAUAAAUGUAAGUUGUAUUAUUUAAACCGCAUUUGAUAACAGUUUUGUAAAAAUCCUGUCGGGAUUUUUAUGAAGUUUUGUUCGUCUUUGAAAGUCUAAACUAUUCGUGUAAAUACAUUUGAGGUAAGAAUCCACCUUUAUAGCUAAACUCUGCAUAAACUUACCUCACUUUUUUGCUGAUAUAAAAGCCCUCUCAAAGCCAAGUUGUUGUAGUCGUUAAUUUUUGCACAUGGAGAUUUGUUUUAAAUCGUUCUACAAUCAUGUUUUACGCUGUACUGAUUUUCACCUCGAGAAAAAAAAGUUUAUUUACAAAUAAUUUUUACUGCAGCACAGAAAUCGUUUUAGGCAAUUAAUAUGGAAUCAAAAGUUUGUAAGCUUACCAGUAUUAACACUGACUGUUAAAAUAUAAUUAUUGGCACUGUAUAAAAGCCCUCUCAAAGCCAAGUUGUUGUAGUCAAUGAUUUUUGCACAUGAAGAUUUUUUUAAAUCGUUCUACAGUCAUGUUUUACGCUGUACUGAUUUUCACCUCGAGAAAAAAAGUUUAUUUACAAAUAAUUUUUACUGCUGCACAGAAAUCGUUUUAGGCAAUUAAUAUGGAAUCAAAAGUUUGUAAGCUUACCAGUAUUAACACUGACUGUAAAAAUAUAAUUAUUGGCACUUUAUUUAUAUUCAGAAAUUAUUCCAUGAAGUGGUCAGAAGAGCACGAUCUCAUGCUAUGCAGAGAAGUUCUUGUCAUGGAACCAUUCAAGCACCCAAAGCAAAGUAGAGAGAGAGGAGAAAUCUGGGGAGAAAUAGCACAAAACUUAAAUGGGCUCAGUGUACCCAAAUUCACUGUAAGAACGCGGUCUGUUGGGGACAGGAUCACUCUUUUGCUGAGGAAGUACAAAGAAAACGUGAGAAACGAAGAGCAGGGUUCUGGCAUGAAAUGUGACGAGGAAACAGAAUUGGAGAUGGCAUUGUGUGAAAUCAUAGAAAAAGAACAGGCAGCUGAUUUAGAAAGGAAAGAAAACACUAACACUCUUACCAAGAGGAAUGAAAACGACAAGGCGUCAGCCGAAGAAAGUAGGUUGAAGGCCUUGGAGCGCCUGGGCCAGACAAAAAAGAGGAAUGCUGAUUCAUGUGAUGAAGUUAUCAAACCAAAAAGCAUAAGAAGUACCACUGAAGCUGUGCAAAUUCUAAAAGAAAAAUUUGAGAAUGAGAAGGAAUUCGGGAAGGAGGAAAUGGAAUUGAAGAAAAAAGAGCAAGAAAAUAAAGCAGCUCAGAAUCAAAUGCUGAUAGAUCAGCAGAGGCAGAACCAGCAACAGUACCAGGAUGUAAUGAAGAUGAUGGCUGAACAGCAGCAGAGGCAGGGACAGCAGCUACAGAACUUUCAAAUGCUUUUCAUGCAGCAGCAACAACAACAGAGUCAAAUUUUAAUGAGUUUACUUGAAAAAGUAAUACCUAAAUCCUCAUAA